GCUGUUUGCAGCCUCUCCAAGUGGCCGCAACAUGUUUGGCCAACGGAACGGAGCCAGCAGCAUUGAAGAAUCUGGUCAACCCAAGUGGCGAGGCGUAUCCAGUGGGGCUCUUUGUCGGGAACUGGCCGGGCGGCUUGGCUACCAGCUCUCUUGCAGGCAUCCUCAUUCAGGAGAUGCUGGGCUACAAUGUGAGCUACAAUGGGCCAGGCGGCAGCACGACUCACGGCAUGUAUGCGAUUAGUGGCUGUCGCAACCCCACCGCCACGACUGCAGAGGAGCGUGGCUGCGACGCGAAGGUGACCUACAAUCACAUCACCAUGGAAAUGUGGGAAGCUUAUCCAUCGCUCUGGGCCGAUCUGCAGAAGAACAAGGCCAUGGCGCCCAAGGCGUUGACGUCCAUGGGCUAUGAUGGAAAAACCUCCACGUACCUGCUGAAAAGCGUGCAAGAGUCCGUGGCCGAAUCUGAAGGGUUGCCUUUGAAGUUCUACACCUCAUACAAUGCCAACUGGUGGAAGCCAUGGCUUUAUUUUGACAACACCUCCUCGGUCAAUGCGACCAGGUUCCUCAAGAAGUGCAGCGAGACACAAAUCUUCUCGGAUAGCUUGAUGCGGAACUACCUGGCGCAAACGGGUGAUAGUGCUGGAGUGCAGAUCAUUGAUGGUGCAGUUGUGGGUUCGUGUCCUGAUGAGUACUUUUGGAGGGCGCCAAGUUGUCGUAACGAGACCUUCAAGUGCGUGAUCUUCUUCACAGGCGGUGCUGGUUGGAGCGUUCACCUGAUCAUGCAGCAAGCAACUGCUUGGAACAUGCCGAUUGCUAUGGCAAUUGCCAACACAUGGGGGGAUUUUGCUGCAAUGCCAGUGGCUCACCGGAGCCUUUUCUAUUGGUGGGAGCCAGAUCCAACUUUCCUGGAGCUGGCGCCAGUUGAGGUGAUUUUCCCACCGCAUGACAGGGUUGGCCAUGCCAAUGGAGAUUUAAAAACAGCUCCGAGCACCAUCAGACUCACCAAAGGCGUCAGCAAAGACUUGUUGUCACUCGCUCCCAGAGUGGAGAAUUUUCUGGUGAACAUGGAAAUCAGCAUGGCCAUGAUCAAUGCAAUCAUGCUGGACCAGAAGAACACAGGAGAUUCCUGGGACGAUGUCACCUGCCGAUGGCUCCAAGGCAACAAAGCCACGUGGGAAUCAUGGUUACCAGAUGAUACCACUUGUUUUGCGGGCUUUGGGCUCGUUGACAUCGAGUCUGGAGAGCUUGCAAUGGAUAGAACUGUUCGCGAGGGCAAAAGGUGCCAAGCUUGCCCCAGCGGUACCUUUUCUGAGCGCUUGGUGGACUCCAUCGGCGUGACCUACAUCUGUUCCGCAUGCCCCUUGGGCACCAGCCAGGCUUCGGGAGCCUCGCUCAAGUGUGAGCCCUGUGACAAGGGCACAUACCAAGACGAGCUGGGAAGCCAAAGCUGCAAGCGUUGUCCCCUGGGCACCUAUCAGGAUCAAGAGGGUCAAGCCCAAUGCAUUGCGUGCCCGGAUGGAAGCAGCACGCUGGGCUUGGGAUCCGUGGCGUUCACCGAUUGCGGCUGCGUUGAGGGUCGCAUUGACGUUGCGCCUGCAGGUCUGACGUGCGAGGUUUGCAGCGUUGGCUUGACUUGUCCCGCCAUGGGGACACUGGAGAGUUAUGAGACAGGCGUGCAUCCUUUGGGCACGAAGUACUUGCCUAUUGUGGAUGCAGGCUACUACACCACGGCAGCUGAGCCCUUGAAGGUCUACAAGUGUGGCAAGACCUGGCACUGCCCAGGUGGCGUCCCAGACUCUUGUGCAGGUGGUCGCGCUGGAGUGCCAUGUGCUGAGUGUCCACAAGGUAAGACAUGGAGCGAAGGACAAUGCAUGGAAUGUGAAGCAUGGAGGCAAAUCCUUUGGGGCAUCAGCGUGGUGGGAGUCUUCCUUUUCCUUACGGCAUCCUAUUAUUUGAUGACUUCAAAGGUGACGGCUAAGGCUUCCGUGCUGUUCACUACGACCUGUGCGUUUGGCAUGCUGGUGUCCCUCCUCCAGAGUGUUGGGAUCAUUGGCAUGAUGACGGUUGAGUGGCCCGUGGAUCUCAAGGGUUUCUUCUCCUACUUCCAGGUUCUCUUGUUGGACCUCGACAGCUUCGGUUUUGCCUGCUUCGCCGGCGCUGAAACGAGCUUUCGCUACAUCGUGAGCGUGGUCUUCUUCCCAGCGGCCGUGUCCUGGUUGGUGAUGAACUUCAUCUUGAGCAAAGUGCUGCCACAGCAUCGUCGCUGGGGUAUCACGAAGGUGGCCAGUUGCUCUGGGCAGGUGCUUCAGGUGGGGCAGGGCUCGUGUAUUCGUUAUCUCCUUCUUUUUGACGUUUGUGGAGUUGUGUUGGCUUUUUGGGAAGUGACACAUCUACUUGUGUUGCUUUGUUUUCUUGGUCACUUUCAAUUUAUCUAA